AUGUCUGUGGGCAUCAGUGUGAUCGAAAUCUUCAAGUCUGGCCAUUUCCUCUACAAGGUCGUAAGAUUACUCAGAAAGGAAGCAACAGAAGAAUACAAUAAUUAUGCGGAGAGGCUUCGAUGGUUCGCAGCCCUUGCAUCAACGCUCAAUAAUCUUGUAGAUUCCGGCCAACUUACUGGAAAUCAUCUCCUCUUCAAGACCCAAAAAAAUAUAAAAAAGCUGGUGAAGAAAUGUUGCUCGCAGAUGAGGACAUUUGAGCCCAACCUAGGUCCGAAACGCGAGAAACGAUCAAUCACCAAUGCCUUCCGCAAGGUCAUAUGGACAUUCAGGCGCGACGACCUCGAAACUCUUCUGAGUAACCUUGAAAAACGACUUGAACCAAUACAGUCCCAGAUCAUGCAGUUAGCGCCGUCUAAUCUUCAACAAGCCUUCCCGCCGCAGGUUAUCGCUUCAUCUUCCCUCCCGCCACCCCCUGACAAACGUUUCCUCGUCGAGGAUGCUUUUCGCCGAACUUACUCGCUCUCGUUCGGAUACAUAGACACAUGGGAGCACUGCCACGAGUUUCUCCUCAGACUUUACCCCAAGGACGAUCAAUAUUGCGAUAUGAUUGCUACCUCAUCGUACAUGUUCUUUAACGCUUCUUCCAACAAACUCAUUGUGCCGUCGGGACCUUGCAUCGAAUCAUUUCAGACAUUGGUCAAGGCUGGCGAGUGCAUCGAAAUGAGCAUGAUAUUCCCUUAUGAGGAAAGUCGUACAUGCAGUGCCUGUGUCUCCGUUUACGAACCCUCGGCCGUCGGACCUGAUAUCUUAACGCAGAUCUCGCUAGAAAACAUAAAUGAAGCUGACCCCCGCGCUUUUCUUGAAGAUUUUCUCACAGAAAUGGAAUCCAUGAUGGAUAAUUCAAGUGGUGAAUCCGACUCCAAUAAAUCGAAAGAGGAAAGUGCCCCUACUUCUGAACGGCGAGACCCACCGAGUUCUGAAAUCAAGCACUUUCGAAGGGUGACACUUUGUUCACCACAAUGGCCCGAUCUCUCGCGAUGCAAAGCCUACUCGUAUGCUAGGGAGCGUCUCGGGAAUAUCGUUACGCAGCUCGAUCAGGAUUCUAAGCUGAUCCAGAAGAGUCCGGAGUUACCUAGUUGUAUCUUGGCUUACAAAUUGGGUUUCAAGGUCGGCGACUGGACUAUCCUGAACUUGAAAAGGUCAUUUUACGAACUGAUAUCAGCACAAUACAAGCUGCAAAGUCGUCGCAAUCGUCAGAUGGGGAAGCUCAUACUGAGAAUAUAUUACUACAUUCACCAAACUCAACAAGCAGGCUUCCCACUUCAUUCCUAUUUCAUCAACGUCAGAUGUCAAGCGUGGAUGAUAUCACGGCUUAUAGCACUUGAGGAGAGGAUGCUGUUGAAGUGCUCAGAAACGCUGUAUGCCUUUUCUCCCAAAGACUCUUCGAACAGAUUGAAAAGACCUGAGCCGUCUCUGCUUGAGAAAAUUGUUGACUGCAGGAAAAUACCGGAUGUUUUACAAUUUGGUUUAUACAAUAUGGUGUACGAUUCCCUUUGUGAGAUACGUAACCCUGCAGUCAAGGUCAUUUUGAGGGGCGUAUUGGGGCCUUCCCUGUCAAGUGCAUUUUCCGCUGAAGCUACGAUAUUCAGCAAAGCAGAAGCCACGAUAUUCAGCAAAGCAGAAGCCAUCUUCCAAUUACUCAGGGAUUCGAGUGGACUGAGCUUCGAGUACUACUUCGCCAAGAGUCUCCAAAACUACAAUCUGCACCUUACCCAGAUACCAAACGCACAGCCAAAGUCGCAGGAACAUACAACUACCCUUGAAUCGUCAUGUCUGAGCUGCUUGGAGUCGGCCAUGAGGUCAGAAGGGCAAAGUCUGGAAGUACGCUCGAUUUGA